AUGGGCCUCUACCGGAGACGGCAGCUUCGCGCCGCCCUGUCGUUGCUGUUAUAUCCUUUCGCUUUCGCAAUUCUACUCACCUUCAUUGUCAAGCUGCUCUUUGGCCGCCAAACACAAUCUCCUUCACCACUGACAACCACAUCGAGCAGCCUUCAGCCCAGCACUAUAUCCAAGGCCCUGGUCGUCGCUUCCACCACAAAGGAAGACACGGCAUGGCUUUCACAGAUCCCCUCCUCCCUGAACUGGACCCUGAACCACUACCGCGUCGACGCGCCCCUUUCCCCAAGACUCAGCGUCCCCUCCAACCGCGGCAACGAGGCCAUGGUCUACCUGACCUACAUCAUCGACAACUACGACGCCCUGCCGGACGUCAUAUUCUUCCACCACGCCCACGCUACCGCCUGGCAUCAGAAGCUGUCCAGUGUGGAAGAGGUCUCACGCCUCAGGCCAGAGUACAUCCUCAAGGCGGGCUACGCCUCGGCCCGCUGCCUGCCCGGCUGCGAGAACGUCGUCAAGCUCGAGGGCGGCGAGCCCGCCGACUGGGCUGACUUUCCCCAGCUGUCGCGCAAGGAGCACCUCGUCACGGUGCUCGACGCGUUCCUCGAGCCGGGCCGGUUCCCCGAGGAGGCGGCCGUCCCCGCGCACCUGGCCGCGCCGUGCUGUGCGCAGUUUGCCGUCAGCAGGGCGAGGGUGCUGCGCAGGGAUCAGGAAUGGUGGGUCAAGCUGAGGGAGUGGUUGAUUGAGGUGCCGUUACCGAGUAUGAACUCGGGGAGGCUGAUGGAGCACUUGUGGCAUGUCUUCUUUGGGAUGGAGCCGGUCUAG